GGAGAUUCUUCAAGCAAUCACUAUGUUAACAGACACAGGUGUUUCCCUUCCUUCAUAUGAGGAAGAUCAGGGAUCCAAACUUACUCGAAAAACUAAAGAGGCACCAUUCGUACCUGUUGGAGCAGCAGGUUUUGCAGCAAUUGUUGCAUAUGGAUUAUACAAACUGAAGAGCAAGGGAAAUACUAAAAUGCCCAUUCAUCUGAUCCACAUGCGUGUGGCAACCCAAGGCUUUGUUGUAGGAGCAAUGACUGUUGGUAUGGGCUACUUCAUGUAUCGGGAAUUCUAGGCAAAACCUAAGCCUUAGAAGAAGAGAUGCUGUCUUAGUCUUGUUGGAGGAGCUUGCUUUAGUUAGACGUCUCAUUAUUGAAGUUACCUAUUAUUGCUGGAAAUAAACUAAUUUGUAUGGGUUUAGAUGGUAGCAUGGCAUUUUGAAUAUUGGCUUCCUUUCUUGCAGGCUUGAUUUGCCUGGUGACCGAAUUACUAGUGACUAGUUUACUAACUAGGUCAUUCAAGGAAGUCAAGUUAACUUAAACAUGUCACCUAAAUGCACUUGAUGGUGUUGAAAUGUCCACCUUCUUAAAUUUUUAAGAUGAACUUAGUUCUAAAGAAAAUAACAGACCAAUCCUGAAGGUACUCCCAGUUUGCUUCAGAAUCUCACAUAUUUUGGAUGUUGUAUAAGAGUCCUAUUUGCCCCAGUUAAUUCAACUUUUGUCUGCCUGUUCUGUGGACUGGCUGGCUCUGUUAGAACUCUGUCCAAAAAGUGCAUGGAAUAUAACUUGUAAAGCUUCCCACAAUUGACAAUAUAUGUGCAUGUGUUUAAGCCAAAUCCAGAAAGCUUAAACAAUAGAGCUGCAUAAUAGUAGUAUUUAUUAAAGAAUCACAAUUGUAAACAUGAGAAUAAAGGAUUCUAGUUUAGUUUUUGUAAUUGCAAAUUAUAUUUUUGCUGCUGAUAUAUUAGAAUAAUUUUUAAAUGUCAUCUUGAAACAGAAAUAUGUAUUUUAAGCACUCACGCAAAGGUAAAUGAACACUUUUUAAAUGUGUGUGUUGCUUAUUUUUUCAAUAAGAAUUGUAAACAUUGAACUGAACAGAUUACCUAUAACGGAUUUGAUAAAUGACUUAUGAGCAAGCUGGUUUGGCCAGACAGUAUACCCAAACUUUUA